GAAUGUACAUGAAGGGUGCAAAUAUAGAUUUCUCAACAGAUCAAGGACUAGUGUUUCUAAAUUUUUGUUUAGGAAGGUCAUCCUUCUCAAAUUGUGUUUAUUGCUCUCUUAGAAAACAAAACACGUAAGCAGAAAUUUUAAUUCGGUGUGGGAUAACAACUUUAUUUAGAUUCAACUUAGUCAGAACAUAAUUAAGCAUAAGGAAGUGCGUCUUAUUUAGUUUGUUUCAAAACGAAUGUAAAAAUAUGAUUACGGUUUUGUUACAUAAUUGGAAUUUGUACGGAUUGUUACCUUUGUUAUGCUACCCGUGCAGUUUUGGUGUCUGCAAGAGAUUCGUUUCGUAUAUAGUCAUUGUUUUUCACUUUAUGCCACUUAAUUUUUAAGCAUUUUAACUUACUUUUUUUCUUGUGUUUGACUAUCCUGCUCUGUGGUCGAGUAUAGGAAGUCACAAAAAGUCAUGAUUUACAAUUUUUUUCCGGCCGCCAUAACAAGAACAAAUUAUGUUACAUUAUUUACAACAUAUUUUUGCAUCUUGCAAUAUUACAUUACAAAAACAGUUUCAUGCGUUUAAAAUUUUUUAAAUAGAAAUGGCUGACAUUGUAUCCCUUUAUAUAAACAUUGCGUCAAAAUAAAAAAGCUCUGUUUCUUUAAAACAUUGAAAAAUUGUGAAACGAAACAAAAAUCAUAGUAGUACUCGAUGACAGUAAUUUAGGACACUUCAUUGACAGAGUUCGGUAUACAACCGUCUGGCUUGGAAAGAAAUUAGCGAUGCUUCCUGUAUCAUAAAAUGUAUGAUUUCCGCGGGCAGUAUAUAUCCUGGAGUUUAUUUUUGCUAUUUAAAACAAUGACAACGCAUUUUAAUCAUCGAGUUCAUGUUUCUCCAACGUCAUCAAAUUCACGAAAGCGGAAUCAGGUAAAAUUGCUUUGGUAAAGACAAAAAGUAUAAAUACUGCUAGCAGAUACUAGUUUUCUUCACACAGCUUUCAGGCUUCUAACAAGAAGAACAAAUUGAAAGCACUAACAAAGGAAUACUGUACGAAAUUAAUAGGUUUAGUGAACAAACUAAGAAGACGAAGAUGACAUCUUUACUGCUGUUGCUCAUUUGCCAUGCUGUAUUUUGUCAAGGUAAGUUCGUGUUUUUUCUUUACGUUAACUAUUUUAAAGGUUUUAGAGGUUAGAGUUGUAAAUAUUAGAAUUUUUUUUCAGAAACUCCAUUUAAUCCUGGGGAUACAUUUGCAAACUGUAUUUCCGUGGUUCCAGAACCGACAUGUGACUUCUUCAGAUUGUUGAAAGGAUUCCGAACAGUUGAUGGUACCUGUAAUAACCUUGAGAAGGUAACACUAGGAGCUGCCAACACACCAUUAGCUCGAUUAGCAGGUAAGUAGACCAAGACCAUAGUUAUAAUGCACAAAAAUACACGACUUUUUAUAUCAAAGCAACGUAACUUUUGUUUCUUUAGCUGCAAACUAUGCCGAUGGACUUGAUACACCUCGUGGAUUUCCUCAAACUACUCCAGUUGUACCAACAGCUCGUGAAGUUCUGAUGCAGUGUUUCGAGUACAACGUCGCAACAUACAAAGAGCAAGGAGAGGUUUAUCAGCAAUGUUUAUGGCAUUUGGACAGUUACUUGAUCACGAUAUCGGACUAACUACGCAUCCAUCUUGUGAUGUCUCAGCAGGAUGUGGAUCUAUUGAGGCCUUUACGUAUCCAUGCUUUCCUAUACUGAGGACAAAAACUGGCAGUGCAUGCACGUCGUUUCCACGGUCGAUUCCAGUGUGUCAACCCUCAGGUUCACCACGAACAACAAGACAACAAAUUAAUGUCCUCUCCUCUUACCUUGAUCUCGGACAAGUUUACAGUAACGAUUUGGAAAUUCACAACAGUUUACGACAGUUGGAUGGUAAGUUAGAAUUUUCUCUUGUGUAAUAAUUGCAAAUAAGUUAAAUGGUCUUCUUCAAUGACACAAGUAUUUACGUCAAUUUUAGGAACCGGUUUGAUGAGAGUAACACCAGACAAUUUGCUCCCAGUUAAAAUUCCAGCAACAGACCCUGAAUGUAACAACCCUGGCGGCUGUGCAUUGGUUGGUGACGAAAGAGGAGAUGAAAAUAUUGCUUUACACACGAUGCAUACCAUCUUUGUCAGAAGUCACAACUAUCUGGCCAAAAAGUUAAAGAAGAUUGCAAGAGUAUGGAAUGAAAAGUUACUGUUUGAAACAGCUAGAAAAAUAAAUAUCGCUAUUUGGCAACGAAUGGUUUACGAAGAAUUUCUGCCGAAUAUUGUCGAUCUGAGUCCUUAUCAAGGGUACAAUGCAUCAGUUGAUCCUAGUAUAUUAAACGUCUUUUCAACUGCAGCAUUUAGGUUUGGUCACAGUUUGAUCCCGAACGCAUGGGCUCAACUUAACAAUGCCUAUGAAAAGGCAUUUGAUGACAUCUCACUUCAAGCAUCAUUCUCUGAUACUCGACCAAUUCGCGAACGUGGAAUAGAGUCGACAGCAUUUGGGUUACUAGCAAAUCAAUCACAAAGGGUUGAUGCAACCUUUGCUUUUGGUAUUAUUCGACGAUUAUUUGUUCCUGUUGGAGAAACUAGACGUGAAGAUUUGACUGCACUAAAUAUUCAGAGAGGACGAGACCAUGGAUUGCCAACUUACGGGACUUGGAGAAGUGUAUGUAAUCUACCAGCUGUCAACACCUUUGACGAUUUGGUAGGAAUUAUGCCGAAUCGAACAAUCAACAAUCUGAAAGAAGUUUACAGUAGUCCAAACGAUAUAGAUAUAUUUGCAGCUGGUAUGGCAGAGAGACGUACCAAUGGAAAAAUGCUGGGUCCAACAUUUCAGUGUAUUCAAAGAAUUCAGUUCGAACGAUUGAGAGAUGGUGAUCGAUUUUUCUACGAACGGGAAGGCGUCUUUACAACUGCUCAAAAAGCUGAAAUAAAGAAGAUGACACUAUCAAAAGUUUUGUGCAACACAUUAAAUGGAAUUGUAUCAAUUCAAGAAAAUGCUCUACAAGCUGCUACAUCAACAACUAUUCGAAAAUCAUGCGAUAGCAUACCUGGGUUAGAUUUCCAGAAAUGGCUUUAUUAAACGAAUCAAGUUUUUAUUCAGUAAUAAGUAAUUUAGUUAACAUUCCAAUGAAAGGUGUAUGAUUAUUUUGCCGUAAUAAUAACUUAUUUUGUUAAUUUUUAUUUUGAUAUUAUUUUGAUGGUUUAAUCUGGUAUUCUUCCACCUUGAAGAUUCAAACAGUUUAUUUGUUUUCCUAUUCAGUAAGUAGCUACAGGUUCAAAGCUUCGAGUUCAAAAUGACUUUGAGUGGUGGGAUAUCCUUUGGGUUUUUUUUUAGGCAAUAUUCGCAUUUGGACUCUUAUUAUAUACCAACCGUUUUGAUUGUGAAAGAUCUUCUAAGAAUUCAGUUUAGCAGUUGAGAGUGAAACUGUGUACAAACUAAUCGUGGAUAAAAAUAAGAUGCCUAGUUGUGCGUUUGUCUUCUUAGAAAAUUAAGGCCUUCCAUGUAAGGACUGUAUUUAGUAGUAAUAUGUAUUUAAAAUCUUUCACGAAAUGCUGGUCUAAAGGCCCUUCGGAGCCUUUGGAGUCGUUACUGAGGGCAUGAAAAGAGGCCAACGGAAACAUAACCUUUUUUCGGCCUUCCAGAGUCGGAUACAGCCGCACAAAGAUGGAAGUUUUUCCACACCAUAAAAUGGAAAAACAAAUAUAUAUAGGCCAUUCGAUAAGAGUUAAAUGUAAAAGAGAAAAUGGUUAAUUAUUGAAGUGUAGCUGAACACGGAGGAUUGGCGUACUCUGUAACAAUAAUAAUCUUAUUUGCUGUGUUUGGAAUGGUUUCUGGCAGUUUUAUUUCGUAACCCCCAGCAAAUUAAUUUAUUAUGCCGAAGAGACCCGUGGAAUGUUUUGUUAGUUAACGACUAGUUUUGGAAAUAGGGCAUUGCUCCAUUGCAAUCCUGUAUGAAAUUGUUAUUUUUGUCGAUAGUAUAUUUUGUGUCAGUUGGAGAUAAAGUAGAAGAAGAAAAAAGAAUAAAUAUCAAAAAAAGAAAAAGAAGUCAGUUUUUAUUUCAAAUAAAGUUAUCUCAAACAUUUGAGACUAACAAUUUACACGUUUCAACCAGAAAAAAGGUUAUUAUUAUCUAUAAAAUUUAUAAUAUUUUUUUCCUUUUCUAUAUUUUUAAUCACACUCUGUCAAGAGAGUAUUUUGAAAGCCGAUUAGAUGAGCCGUAUUGCGACAAGCUGAGCUAUUAAAAUUCAGUCUGAACUUAUGUCGUUUAUAUUCUAUACAGACCACGUUAAACCGUACUGAGCUGUGGCUAAGUUAGAACUGAGUAACUGGUGCUAACACCCUGAUUACCUGUAGUGCCGCUAAGAUAACAUUAUUGAUUCACUGUUGAGCAAAUAUGAAAUCAAUGCUUAAGUAUCUAUAUGAUUUACUUUCAUUCACAUAUGAGUCAAAACUUCAUAUCAAUGCAGGAACUAAUCUUGCACGGUAAUUUUAAU